CUAGAAAGUGCAGAAAGUUGAUCCCCAUCACUUUUUUCCUAUACAAAACCGAUAUACUCUUAACCCUCAUACCCAGGACCCGCUUAGCCAGCCAGAUUAUUUUGCACGACUAAUACACUCACUCACUUACCUGGAUAGACAGUUGGGAAAAGAAAAAAAAUAAUCAGUACUCCCACUUUUUUACAAACCCCUGAAGGCCACGAAACACAAGAAAAAAAAACUACACCUCCACCUCAAAGGCAGAUAACCUCCUAUACCGGUAAGUCCAGCACAGACACAUGCCAAAAGAACGUCCCUGCUCAAAACAAUAAUAACAAAAGCAAAAGCCAGCAGGGGCUCCCCCACCUGUCGCCCUGUCUUGGACGCGGUCGACAGGUUGCAAAUCUGCGAGAGAAGAAGACAGGAUAAGACAAGACAAGACAGAACAGAGAAAAAAUGUACUCUUACUCCUACUAUCCACCAUCCCUCCUCACCCUCCUGUUAAACCAGGAGCCUAGUUCGAGUGCGAGUUACGGAGAGACGAGCCACUGGGAUAUUAGCAGCAGCUCGAAUGGCGAUAACAAUAUCAGCAGUAGCAGCAGUUCGAAUUCGUGGAGAAGUCAGCCGUGGGGGAAUAUUGGGAAGGAAGAGAUCGGCAUUGACGAUAAUGUUGAUGAUGCUGGCGCUGGUGAAGCUGGUGAAGAUGGCGAUGAUGAAAAGGACAGCGACAGCGACAGUGACGAAUCAUCCAUGCAAGAUGAAGUCGAAGUCAUCUAUGAACUUGACGCAGCAGCCAUGGCUGAACUCCCGCUUCAUCUUCAGAGUAACAUGCGAGAGCUGCAGAUUGAGCGUCUGAGACGGCAUCAGGAUGCGGGUUUAGCGAUCCAGCAUGGCGAGGACUUUUUCAUGGGGUUCUACGCUGAGUUGUGGUAUCGGGAUAGGAUUGCUCGGUUAGUGAUUGAGGAUGAGAAUAGUUGGCGACUUUACAACGAUUCGACUGUGGAUGAAGAUGGAGAGGGACAGGAUGAAGAGUCGCAGCAUGAAGAGAUGCAGGAUGCACAGUCUCAAAAUGACGAACUGCAGCAGGAAGAGGCACAGAAUGAAGAGAUGCCGGAUGAAGAGUCGCAGCAUGAAGAACCGCAGUACGACGAACUGCAGUACGACGAACCGAAGCAUGAAGAGUUGCAGUACGAAGAAACAGAAGAGAAAGAGAAAAAGGACCAUUACGAUAACGAUAAUGAUGACGAAGAAAGCGAGACCGGAAGUGUGCUUCACCAUCGACACAGUGACAGUUCCUUGCCGGCAAAGGAGGAAUGGGGCAUGGGAGUGGGCAUGGGAAUAGGACUGGGAAUUGAAAUGGGCGAUGGCUAUCCUGUUCCUGCUCAUGGACGAAACCAUACGAUCUCGACCCCUCUUUUCACUCACUACGAAGAACCAGACACACGCCAGACUGAGCUAUACCUACCAGACCCGUUCGUGGGCUCCAGUACCUCGAUGCACCCCAAUGAAGAUGGGCGGAUGUUUAAAAAACAUUCUGUCCUCGACAGUAUGCGAGUUCGGGUGCGAAAGAAGCUUUACCGGAUGAGCCAGAUGUUCAAGAAGUGGUAAACAGUCUCAGAUCGAGACGGUUAUCAAUGAUGGAUGAGAUUUUGAUACGGCUUGGGAUUGGAGUAUUGGCGCAAGUGAAGUCGGAAGAAGGAAAUGGAAAGGGUUAGCAUACGCGGUUGCGUUGGAUCUUGAACGAUGCUUGGGCCAUAUUGAAUUAAUGGAGGCAUUAGCCAUAAAGCGAAUAGAUAAUCUGAAAUACAGCCAUACAAUAAUGAAAUGAAACCGAA